CCCGAUCUAUCGCUCUCUGUACUCCCCCGCACCCCUAAACGGCCUCAGCUAAGCCAGGCGCAAGACGGCGGGCGGACUAGUGGUGUGGGAGAUGCCGCGUUGCAUGCCCACCAAUCACGCGCGGGCAGCCUUCCUGGUUUUCCGGACGGUGGUAGGUGGAACUGUAGCCUCUCGCCCCCCACGCGUCAGCGAAACCUUUGGUAUUACAAGCUUUGCACCACAGCCUACCACAGCCUCUGGCAGCAGAGGUUUGACCGUAAAAUGGGCGGCGGCGCGUCGACGGGGCGGCAACCGCUCCAUGCACUAAGCGCGGACGGCGUCCGCGACCUCGUCGAGGGCAUCGGUCCGAAGUUCUCAGACCUCGCGAAGCAUCUGCACGACAACGACGUCGACGGCGAGUAUCUGGCCUCGGCGCCGACGGAGGACCUCGCCGAGAUCUUCGACGAAUUCGCGAUCCCGAAGCUAAAACAGAAAGUGCUGCUGCAGAAGCUGGGGAAGCUCAAGGAGGUCACGUCCGGGGCGCCGCAGCUCCCGGCGUCCGUGCGGCAGCUCGCGGACGUCACGCUCGACGCCGAGCCAAUCGGCUACGGCGGCUUUGCGGUCGUCUUCAGCGGCACGUGGAAUCAGAAGCCAAGCUCCGGCCGCCGCCGCGGGCGGACGCGGAAGAUCGCCGCGAAGCGGUCCAAGGUCGCCGGCCUCGCCGUCGAGCUCAAGGCCGACCUGAUAAAGGAUCUGAUGGUCAUGUCGGACCUGCCCCACCAGAACCUGCUGAUCGUCCACGGCGUGUGCGAGAUCCCGGACCUCGGGUUCCACGUCGUCACCGAGUUGAUGGCCUGCGACCUCGAGGCUGUUAUUCACCGCGACGCGCGCGGACCCCUCAACCACCAGGACGUCCUCCACAUUUCGCGCGACGUCGCCGCGGGACUCGCGCACCUCCACGCGCACGGCAUCGUCCACCGCGACCUGAAGCCGCAGAACGUGCUCGUCGCAGAGCACGGCCUGCGCUGCAAGCUCGCGGACUUUGGGAUCAGCAAGGAGCUGAAUCACACGCUGUCGACCAUGACGGCGGUCAUGGGAACCUACGCGUACAUGGCCCCCGAGGCCUUCGAGGACGGCGCGCGCGUCGGCACGAGCGCCGACGCGUAUGCGUACGGCGUGCUCAUCUGGGAACUUCUCACGCGCAAAAAGCCGUGGGAGGGGAAGUCUCACCCUCAGAUCGUGGCCGCGCUGGUCCGCGACGAGCGGCUCCCGAGGCCUGAAGCGCCCGUCGUCCCGGAGCUGGCGGACUGGGCUGUCGAAUGUUUUGGCGUCGCGGCGGCGCGCCCGAAGAUGGGACCGCUCGAAGCGAAGCUCGACGACCUCCUUUGCGCCGACGAGAAGGACCUUGACACGCUCCGGGCGGGGCUCGCCAAGGCGCUGCGCGGCGACGUCGAGGCGUACGAGGAGGCCUGGGAUAUCUACGCGCGCGACCCGCACUGCGGCGAAAUGCUCGACUUGUGCGCGCUGCUCGCAAAACGGCACGCUGAGACGCCGCUGCAGCCCAAAUCGUGCAAAGCCGUCGAAGAUCUACUGGGCCUCGCGGAGCGCGGCCGCGACGACUUCCACGACGUCAUCCGUGGUAUCAUCCGGAUCGCUGGCGGGGAAUAUCGGAGGGGCCCCACGAAACUUCGGGAGCGCUGCGUCGAGAAGGCGACCCGCGAUUAUGAAGGCGACGUCCGCCGCGUCGUCGACGUCGAGCGCGCCACGGCCUUGUUUACGACCGUGUCCUCGCUGCACGAAGGGAUCCGCCAGCUCUCGCUCCUCAACGGCGGCGGUGACCUCGAAGUCGUGCGCGUGAAAGAUAGCUUCGGCGAGCCGAAGCCGUCGGGGUGGCGCUGCAUCUACUUUUCCCUCGGACAUGUGUCGUCGGGCCUCGUCGGCGAGCUUCAGGUGACGUUCGACAAAAUUAAGGCGAUCAACGGGCGCUCGCAUCGAAUUUACGACCUCGUGCGGUCGCUCGAGCGAAGCGUGGAGCCGGCGGCGCGCACUGCCAAUGGCGACGAGGUCCGCGCCGCCGACGCUAGGGCCGCUGAAGAAGAAAAGGAGCGCGCUGACGCGGCCACGGCGGAGGCCGAGAAACGCCUUGCCGCGGCAGCAGCCAAGGCCCCCGAGGAGAAAAAGCAGCCUCCUUUGCCAGACGAGAUCGAGCCCGUCUUCGGGCGGCCGCGCACGACGCAGCCCUACGACUACACGCCGCCUCCCAACCUCCUCGUAGCGUUAAGAGGCGCGUUACCGUACUGGGGCCAGGGCGCCGAGGACGUCGAGAGCAACGCGAAGGGCGACGUCCAGAAUGCAAGUGAUGAGGAGGUCAAUCGAGUGGAUCCGGAGACGGGCGACACUCCGUUACUAUUGAGCGCGCAGUACGGCGCGGGCGACCUCGUCGAGAUGUUGGUGGAGCGAGGCGCGGACGUCGACGUGACGUUACCGUCCGGCGCGACAGCUUUACACUACAUGACGAAUUCAUCCACAUUAUGUCCGGACGCCGUGAUUGCUUUAUUGGCUGUCGGGGCAGAUCCGUCGGUCGCGGACAUGCACACGGGCGCGACGCCUUUGAUGCACGCGGCGGACGCCGGUCACUUAAGACUGUGCGAGCAGCUCGUGAAGCACGGCGCCGACGCCGCUCAAACCGACUUCCAGGGCUACGACGCGGCGGGCUGGGCGCGGUCCGCGGGCCAUACGGACUGCGAGGAAUUUCUAACCUCAAAGACGACGGACGCGUUGAAGCACGCCGAAGCAGAGGCGAAGGCCGCUGGCGCGGAGGUCGAUUGGGCGAACUGGCGCGGCGAGACGCUGCUGUACAUCGCCUGCCAGCACGGCAACGUCGACGCGGCGCGGCUGCUACUAGAUAAAGGCGCGAAGGUCGACCGGGCGGACGAGGACGGCGCGACGCCGCUGUACGUCGCUUGCCAGGAGGGCCACGUCGACGCGGCGCGGCUGCUGCUGGAGAACGGCGCGGAGGUCGAUCGGGCGGAGAAGCAGGGCGCGACGCCGCUGUACAUCGCCUGCGAGAAGGGCCACGUCGACGCGGCGCGGGUGCUGCUGGACAACGGCGCGGAGGUCGACCGGGCGACGGAGGACGGCCGGACGCCGCUGUACAUCGCCUGCGAGAAGGGCCACGUCGACGCGGCGCGGGUGCUGCUGGACAACGGCGCGGAGGUCGACCGGGCGACGGAGGACGGCCGGACGCCAUUAUACGCAGCGUGCUGGGGAGGCCACGUCGACGCGGCGCGGCUGCUGCUGGACAAAGGCGCGGAGGUCGACAAAGCGGAAGAGGACGGCUGG